AUGGAGGCUAUUCAGCAGGAUAUGGAGCCGUUUUGGACAGAAAUGAAUGCUUUGCGGUCAGUGAUCAGCACAACGGACGUAGAUCCAGCUUGUAGAGGAGCCUGUAAGAAGGCACUUGAAGCCAACGCCUGCGGCAGUAAUCCAUGGCAAAACCCACAUCUGGAAGAAUUUCGUGCCGAAGCGCUUGAGUAUCUUCGUAAAGAGAAGGAAGGGUACAUGACAACAAACAUUCUGUACCAAUUUUGGAUCCAAGAGGCGUCAAAGAACCGCAAGUUGUGUGAGUCUAAACAGCUUGCCAAACAAGUGGACGAGACAAAGUCGAAAUACGCUGACUUUGAAAAGCAAGAAGCGAAGUUGCGAGAAGAGCUAACAUACGCCAAGGAACAGCAGAAGGAGCUGCAAGCUAGUGCCGGAGUUGGAAAAGGAAGUAGAGAAAGUGCAGGCGAAACUCAAGAGCAAGUGCUACAGGGUAUUUUCGAGAGUCACAAAGAAGAAACAGCCAAGUUACGUAGCAACAUGGAGGCUAUUCAGCAGGAUAUGGAGCCGUUUUGGACAGAAAUGAAUGCUUUGCGGUCAGUGAUCAGCACAACGGACGUAGAUCCAGCUUGUAGAGGAGCCUGUAAGAAGGCACUUGAAGCCAACGCCUGCGGCAGUAAUCCAUGGCAAAACCCACAUCUGGAAGGAUUUCGUGCCGAAGCGCUUGAGUAUCUCCGUAAAGAGAAGGAAGGGUACAUGACAACAAACAUUCUGUACCAAUUUUGGAUCCAAGAGGCGUCAAAGAACCGCAAGUUGUGUGAGUCUAAACAGCUUGCCAAACAAGUGGACGAGACAAAGUCGAAAUACGCUGACUUUGAAAAGCAAGAAGCGAAGUUGCGAGAAGAGCUAAAAUACGCCAAGGAACAGCAGAAGGAGCUGCAGUCAAUGCAGAAGAAAGAGCUAAAGAAACAGAAGAACAAUUUGGGCAAAAAGUGCACGAAAAUGAAGAGCUAG